UAUUCAAAUACAUGUGUUGCCAUUUUUCUUUUUCUUUGUUUUCAGCUGAGAGCAUACCGCAUCAGAAGUGCAGAUGCAGAUUUGCCUUAUGAAUUCUGUGACAUAAAAGGUUUAGAACCUGAAAAAAUAUCUGAGUGUCAACCAGAUGACAUUGUCAAAACCAUAUAUGGACAUGUGAAGGAGGGAUAUAAAUUUGAAGAAAAAUCCCUCACUAGUGACGAUGAUCAUUACAUACAAAACCCUUCACUGUCUGAUCAAGCCUUCUGCGUAGUUUACGUCAUAGAUGCAAAUACAAUCCAUCUCGCUGCAGAUGAUAAGAUAAUCACAGAGAAAUUGAAGCUCAUUCGCCAGGCCAUCAGUGAUAAAGGGAUUCCUCAAGUGAUUGUCAUGACUAAAGUGGAUGAAGCAUGUCCUCUGGUCAAUAAUGAUCUAAAGAUGGUCUACAGAAGCGAGAAGAUCAAAAAGAAGAUGGAGUUGUGCAGUGCCAAAGUGGGUGUUCCAGUGAGCCACAUCUUCCCAGUGAAGAACUAUCAUAAUGAGAUUAACACAAACGAUGUUGUUGAUGUUUUGAUUCUCAAGGCACUGGAUCAGAUUGUGCGUUCUGCAAAUGCAAGACUGAGGCGUGGUGCUUCUAACGAAUGAGUUUUCAGGACAGAAAUCAACUAUAAUAGCAUUUAGAGUUGAAUGAAUAUUACAGUAAAUUAACAAAAAUAUAUCAUGAUCUGAAUCAAGACACAUUCUGUGUGCAACAUAGUACAGGUUAUAGCCAACAUUUGAGAAUGAUAAAAGUGACUCACACAUACACACAGUAUUAGAAAUUGCUACACAAAUUAGUUGUGUCAACCUUAUUGACUUGAACACAAUAAACUCAACAAAAACAAACUCAAAAUGAUAAAAAAAUAAUAGUCAUUCUAUUUGAAGAUUCAAGUUCAAAACACUUGCAUUUGGUAUCUAACCCAUAUACUUUAUAUUCCAGAAGGCUUCUGAGUGAUAUGUUUGUACUAAAAUCACGUCAGCUCUUCCUGUUGUUGUUGCUUGCUGCCCUUUCCUGCUCUUCUUCUGUGUAAUGGUAAUUGGUCGUCUUUGUGCAUGUUGCUCCCUACUGAACUUUUCUACAAUUAUAUUCUUUUUAUUAUCAACUGGUGCUAUGUUUUAGCUCAUUCAGCAUCUACAAAUAAUCCAUCACGGUAGCAGAGAAUCAACAUGCUAAUCAGAAUUACUCUAUAUAACCCUUAUAAUAACUCAGUAUUUUGUGAAGUAAAAGCUCUCAAAAAAUCUUAUGUAUGACUCUGUUCCUAUCACAUUGUUUCUAACACAUCUCUUCAAGUAAAGAUAUUUACUCAUUAAAGGGAUAGUUCACCCAAAAAUGAAUAUUCUG